UUUAUGUAUGUAAGAUCUUGUUCUCUUCGCCUGAUCUGGUGUAAUUUUUCUUUUCUAGUUUGGUCUAAGCUGGUAGGUUCUGGUAAGUGAGUGCUUUUUUCUUUUUCUAGUUUGUUCUGAUUUGUUCUGCUUUGGUCUGAUUUUUCUAAUCCGGUCUAAUAAGCAUUAAGAUUAAGGUGAAUAGAGCAAGUCAACUAUUAUAAUUAUUAUUUUUGUAAAUUAAAAAAGAAAACAGAAACCCUUAAUUUUAUUGUACAAAUUCUUCUAUAAGAAGAAGUUAGGCCCUUAGAAACUUGCAUGAGAAUAGUCGUACUAUAAGACUCUAAAACAUAACAAAAAAAAUGGCAACAUCAAAGCCAAACUUCUUGUUGCCCAUUGUAAGCAAGAUGUAUUGCUCAUCUUCACAAGUUGUGUUUGUGGUGAGGCGGCGGCCACAGGCGGUGGGUGGUGGUGGUUUUGUGGUUACCGAUUGUAGCCAAAGGGUUGUUUUUCAGGUGGAUGGUUGUGGGAUCCUUGGAAAAAAAGGGGAGUUGAUUCUUCGCGAUGGUGAUGGUGAUAAUAUUCUUCUUAUUCGACAAUUAAAGGGUGGUUUGGUUCAAGCAUUAAACAUUUACAAGUACAAGAAAUGGAAAGGGUACUAUGAUUAUGAAGGAUUUCAAAAGUCAGUUUUCAGCAUAAAAGAACCAAAUCAAAACUCAUGCAUCCCAACAAGCAACAACCCAGUUAGAAUUUCAAUUGAGCCCAAGCUUAAUAAUGGCCAAGUUAGAGACUGGAACUUUGAAGUCAAAGGCUAUUUCCCUGACAAGAAUUGCAGCAUUGUGGACUCCUUGGGAAAUAUUAUAGCACAGGUUGGAGUUAAAGAAGAAAUAGAGAAAGUAAUGACAAGCAAAGAUCUGUACCAUGUGGUUGUGCAACCAGGGAUUGAUCAAGCCUUCGUUUUUGGAGUUAUUGCUGUCCUUGAUUACAUUUACCAUGAGUCUACUAGGUGCUAGCUUAGCCUAGCUACCUAGUACGUAUUUAUACCUACCAUUUAAUUUCAUGCAAUUAAUCUUUCUGUAUUUGUUUUAUUGCUAAUUAAUUUACUCAUACUAAUUAUAUAUGCACUAAUCUAUUUUUUUUUAAAAAAAAGAA